GCGGACUUAAAUGGGAGCAAAGGAAGGGCCUUUCUAGCGGAUGAUGUCUCGGGUGUUGCUGGAGUCGACUUAGAUAUUUCUAGGGACGUGCUUACCCCACAAAAAUAAGUUUCUCUUACUUCGUACAAUAUUAUAGGAAACUCGUCAAUUUUUAUGCUGCAGGCUCCCUCAGGCUUUCUGGAAAGCCGCCUUUUCGAAUCUGGAAAACCAUUUAGGAACGUGGGGUUUUUUUUUUGCGAAAACUAAACCAAAUACCGGGUGACCCGCUUUGGAUUCUCUUCUGAGUGUCAGCUUCUCUGUUAGCUUUCUCAGUUCUUCUUGCUGGUAUAUGGUCUGUGAAAAUGUUCCAUUUUAUACAACGAUGUUGUUUCCAAGUUCCUUCCAAGAUAAUAUACCUUCAAAGAUUUCAACAGCCUAGGAAUAAAUUUUGCUAUUCUCCUUUUGAAUAUCGUCGGAUUUUCCCACCAAAAUUACAGCUAUUUAAACAUGCAUCUUUGUGCCCAACUAAGAUCCAGGACUUCCAUUCCUCCACUUGCAGCUGGAAGAGAAAAAAGCCUUCAGAACAUGCAUCUGAUAAGCUGGAUACCCCACUAUUUGACUGGGCAUCACUCAAGGACUCUCCAAAACCUGCCAUUCAUUUAGCAGUUGCAGGAUUAAUUCCAUUAGUUUCCGUGCCAUUAGUAAUGGCUAUCCAGAAGGUCUCCUAUCCAGAGUUGGCAUUUGCUCAAAUUACAUAUAGUGCCUCUAUGCUGUCUUUCCUAGGAGGGAUCAGGUGGGGAUUUACUCUUCCAGAAGGUAGUCCUGCAAAACCUGAUUGGCUUAAUUUGGCUAACAGCAUAGUUCCUUCAUUAAUAGCCUGGUUUACCUUGCUUUUUAAAGAUCUCACUACAGCUGGAGUCAUGGUUAUCAUAGGUUUAAUGAUAGCCCUGCAUUAUGACAUUGUCCUUCUUCCCACCUAUCCCAACUGGUUUAAAGCCUUGAGAGUAAUUUUAACUAUAGUGUCUGCAUCUGCUGUAUUUGUCACAUUAAUUAUUGUGAAUUACUGUCCAGAAAAAUAUCUAAGUUUUAAGAUGAAGGAAGCAGAAGAUUCUAAGUAAACACACACAAAAUGCAGAGCCUUAUGGGAGAAAAGGAGUACAAAA